GCCACUGGUGGCGCGGCCGCGCGCGUGGGGCGGCUCGCCUGGUGUCGGCGCCUCCCCGCAUCCCGCGCCGCUGUCGGCGGAGCCCGGCGGCCGGGCAGCGGGGCCCGGUCCCGGCGGCCGGGGCAUGGAGAGCCUGCUGGAAAACCCGGUGCGCGCCGUGCUCUACCUGAAGGAGCUCACCGCCAUCGUGCAGAACCAGCAGAGCCUCAUCCACACCCAGCGCCAGCGCAUCGACGAGCUGGAGCGGCGGCUGGACGAGCUCAGCACCGAGAACCGCAACCUCCGCGGGCAGCAGCCGCACCACGCCGAGCCGCCGGCGGCCCCCGCCGAGCCGUCCCAGGGCUCCCCGGCAGAGCAGCCCCCGCCGCCGCCGGGCCAGCCCGACCCGCUCCAGCACCACCAACAGCUCCCGGUGCAGCCGCCGCCGCCGGCGGGCAAGCAGGCACCCGCGGGCCCCGGCGGCAGCGGGAGGGCUGCCGGGCAUCAGCACCCUGCUGCCCAGCCCCACCAGCACCCCGCAGAGAAGGACGGCAGGGAGAAGGGCUGCUGCGCCGCUCUGCUCCAGCACAAGCCCCCCCAGGCCAUCGGCAAAGGCGUCCUGAGCCGGAGACCGGAGAAUGAAACUGUUUUACACCAGUUCUGCUGCCCAGCAGCUGAUGCAGAGCAGAAGCCUUCGUCUUCAGACUCCUCACCAAGUGACGAUCCCAGCGGUUCCACAAGCAAGAAAGCCGGGUGUGAAACGGAGGAUCCGAAGGAGGCCGGCAGACAGAGUGGCCAGGAAGGCAGGUCCGACACCCAGACGCUAAAAGCCCAGCAUGCGGAGCUCCAAGAAGAGCAGGCAGCGGGGUGUUCCCCUCUGGUGCAGAAGGCGAGCCUCCACCACACGGGCUCCCCAGUGAGAGUGCAGCGCAGCAAAGGGACGGCCUCGUGUUCCCAUGCAGCUGCCUCCGAUUAUGAGCUCUCCCUUGACCUAAAGAAUAAACAGAUCGAAAUGCUAGAGCACAAGUACGGCGGUCACCUGGUGUCUCGCAGGGCAGCCUGCACCAUCCAAACUGCUUUCCGGCAGUACCAGCUCAGCAAGAACUUUGAGAAGAUCCGCAACUCGCUGCUAGAGAGCCGCAUGCCACGCCGCAUCUCCCUGAGGAAAGUCCGGGUCCAGAACUCAGAGAGCUUCUCUGCUGAGAAAGCCCUGGUGGAGGGGUACAACUUUGUGGGCAUCCCAUUGGUGAGGUCUCCAUCUUUGCCAGCCACCAUCAGUGGGGCACUGACCGAGCUGGAGGACUCCUUCACAGAACAAGUUCAGUCCCUGGCCAAGUCUAUUGAUGAUGCCCUCAGCACUUGGAGCCUGAAGACCAUGUGUUCACUGCAAGACGGGGGCUCAUACCAGAUAAGGGAGACCUUCAGUGCUAGCUCCGUGCAGCCAAACCAAGAUUUAGAAGCUGAGCUGCAGGAGAAGGAGAAGGAGGAAGGGCUCCUGCCAGACACUCUACCCAAGAGCAGCAGCACUCUCAUGAUGGCUUUUAGGGAUGUCACAGUCCAGAUCGACAACAAGAACAUCUCUGUCUCAUCGUCUACCUCGGUGUCCAUGGCAAACUGCCUCAGCAACAAUGCCCAGCCUGGGCUCUCUCAAGCUACCAAGGCUGAAGAAAGCCCAGGAGAAGGGGAAGGAGAAGCCAGUGAACCACCGGCUGCCCCAGAGAGCUCACCUGAGUCCACAGCUCUCCAGAACAGCCACACUUUCACUGAGGUGAAUGUCAGUGCUAAUGGUACAGGAGACAGCAGUGCUGAGCCUGGGCAGAUGGCAGUGCAGAAGCUCCAGCUUGAUGCUAGCAAUGAGACAGGGCAAAACAAAGGCUCUGAGUCUGAGAAUGCAGACAACUCAGAGCAGCUGAGCAGUAGCAGCACCUCCACUUCAGCCAAGUCAGCCUCGGAGGUGUCCUCCAAAGAAGCACUGCAGGCCAUGAUCCUCAGCCUCCCGAGGUACCACUGCGAGAACCCAGCUAGCUGCAAGUCCCCCACACUUUCCACUGACACCAUGAGGAAGCGCCUCUACCGCAUUGGGCUCAACCUCUUUAAUAUAAACCCAGACAAAGGGAUCCAGUUCCUGAUCUCCCGAGGCUUCAUCCCAGAUACCCCCAUUGGGGUGGCACACUUCCUGCUCCAGCGGAAGGGCCUCAGCCGCCAGAUGAUUGGGGAGUUCCUGGGCAACAGCAAGAAGCAGUUCAACAGGGAUGUCCUAGACUGUGUGGUGGAUGAGAUGGACUUCUCAGGCAUGGAGCUGGAUGAAGCCCUGCGGAAAUUCCAGGCCCAUAUCCGUGUGCAGGGGGAGGCGCAGAAGGUGGAGCGGCUCAUUGAGGCUUUCAGCCAGAGGUACUGCAUGUGUAACCCAGAUGUGGUCCAGCAGUUUCACAACCCGGACACCAUCUUCAUCUUGGCUUUUGCAAUCAUCCUCCUCAAUACGGACAUGUACAGCCCCAACAUCAAGCCUGACAGGAAGAUGAUGCUGGAGGACUUCAUUCGCAAUCUUAGAGGGGUGGACGAUGGUGCUGACAUCCCACGGGAGCUGGUGGUGGGGAUCUAUGAGAGGAUCCAGCAGAAAGAGCUAAAAUCCAAUGAGGACCAUGUGACUUAUGUCACCAAAGUGGAGAAGUCCAUAGUUGGAAUGAAAACGGUUCUGUCUGUGCCCCAUCGACGCCUGGUCUGCUGCAGCCGCUUAUACGAAGUGACUGAUGUGAACAAAGUGCAGAAGCAGGCAGCUCACCAGAGGGAAGUUUUUCUCUUCAAUGACCUGCUGGUGAUCCUCAAGCUUUGCCCCAAGAAGAAAAGCUCCUCAACGUACACAUUUUGCAAGUCGGUUGGCCUGCUGGGGAUGCAGUUCCAUCUCUUUGAGAAUGAAUAUUACCCCCAUGGCAUCACACUGGUGACUCCAGUUUCAGGCUCAGAGAAGAAACAGGUACUACACUUCUGUGCUCUGGGUGCUGAGGAAAUGCAGAAGUUUGUGGAAGACCUCAAAGAGUCGAUAGCAGAAGUGACAGAGCUGGAGCAGAUAAGAAUUGAAUGGGAGCUGGAGAAACAGCAAGGGGCAAAGACUCUCUCGUUAAGGACCAAUGGAGCCCAGAUGGAAUUGCAGUCUAAGCAAGGCUCACCAACAGGCAAGAAGGAUUUGGGAGAGAAGGUCUCGGACAGCACAGUGGAGGUGUCAAUUCACAACAGGCUUCAAACGUACCAGCACAACUCCGCCCUGGGGCCCGAGAGUGGAAUGCAGCCCAGCACGCGUCUUAACAUGCCACGGGAGCGGCUGGAGACAGCACUGGUGCCCUCGCACCCCGCCUCGGCGGGGACACUUGUACAGUGCCAGCAGAUUGUCAAAGUCAUUGUCCUGGACAAGCCGUGCCUCGCUCGGAUGGAGCCGGCCCUCAACCAGACUCUGACACGCUACGUCACCUCUGAUUCCUGCACUUCCACCCCCUGGCACGCUGUGGGCAGUGGGCUCCCAGGGACCCCCAUGAAGCUGGUCCAUCAGCCUCCCCUCCCACCUCCACCACCUCCCUACAACCACCCUCACCAGUAUUGCCCCCCAGGCUCCCUGCUUCAGAGGCGCAGGUACUCCAGUGGCUCGCGCAGCCUCGUGUAGCCACACCACCAGCACCAGAACAGCACAGACUUCCCUGCUUCCCUUCCCCACCGCCCCCCGGGGACCCUUUCUGCCUACAGAGAUCUAGUUUGUGAUUUAUUUUUUAGUAAAAGAAGAAGAAAAGAAGAAAAAAAAAAGGCAAAAAAACAGCCAACUGACCUAACUCUUGCCCUGCCUCUCCUCAAGGUGAUGCUAAUUGUGAGGAGCCAUCUGUAGAAACUGCCAACCUACAUGCUCACACAUCCUCACACCCUGCCAGCCCCAGAGGCCUCCUGUGCUCACGCCGUUCCCUUGUAGCACUUUGUUGCCCUGUUCCUGAGAGCCUUGAUGACCUGCUGCUUUCUAGGCACUGUGUCUUCCGUUUGCUACUCCUCGACCUUCUCCCCUGCCUUGCAUUUACCCGGACAUAGGUUUGUACCCACCUCAAAACUUUGCCAGCCUCAGAGAGAAGCGGACUCACCUGUGCCAAGGACCAGCCUUGGGGCCCUCCUGGGGAUGGAGUUCCCCCUGCCACCACUGCUGCCACCUGCUAAGCUGGAGCUGAGAACUUGUACCACUUGCUACGCUUUCUUCACAUCGCUCUUCAAAUACUCAAUCUUCGCAGCAGCCGGUUCCAAGCAAAGGAGUGCACGAAUGGAAGAAAGCUCGAGAGGAGGAGAGACUGUCCUGAGCUGCAGUGCCAUGCGAAGAUGGCCUCACUGAACACCAAAACUCUUUCUGUUGUUGUACUGGAGCAUUGUACCAGAGACCUCUGCUGAGACCUAGCAGACCUCAUCACAUGUAAAUACACCUGUAUGGUAGCGUAUGUAUGGCGCAUGCUUACUAAAGGAAAACACCAAGCAGUUCUGAGGGAGCGGAAGGGAUGAAGUCUAGGGAUCUUUCCUGGGAUGGUUGAGUACUUUUCCAAAGAGAUGGCACCAAGAGGUGCCCUAACACCUCAGCACACCCACACACACACACACAUACAAAGAUUGUCUCUCUAGCAUAAAACAGACCCACCUCUGCUUUCCUCCUUCUGGCUAUUUCUGUGUUUCCUGCCCACCUGCUUUUUUUCUAUUCUGAAGGCAAAGCCAAGUGUUUUGUUCACUUUCUGGGGUAGGUGUUCCUUCCUGCGUUAGAGGGAAGGGGCUUUUUGGAGACCACCUAUGUGAGAUCCCAUCUGUAUCUCUUGCCUGACUAUACUCUUUCCCCCAUCAGCCCUUCCUAUAGGAAAGCUGCCCGGAUACCAGACUCCAAGGCCUUUUCUCUCCCUCCCUAUCCUUCACUCUCCCAGCUUCAAAGUAACGGGAGGGGUAGAUCCUGAGAUAGAGAUGAUUGCUCUGCUUUACUGGGGACGUUGGUGUGAAGGAAGACGGCAUUAAAAAUGGGCUAUGGAUAUAUUUUUAGGAAGCAGUAGGGAGGGGAAGUUAUUAAUUAUCUUAAAGGCUUUGGUCUUACUCAUUCACUCUGUUUCCCUUUGAGGCUUAGGAAGAUCAACUUUAGGAUUUUAAAAUAGGACAGAAGGCUUUUUAGGGCCUUUAUUUUUAUUUCAUUUUAAGAGGGAAAGAAAGAAAUGUUCUUCCUCCCUGUGCCAGGCUGAGAUGUGAGCACUGAGUGCUGAUGACAGCCAUUGGGUGAGGAGUGGCAGGAGUUUUUGGCAAUGGUGGGGAUGUGCAGAAUGUCAGGAAAGGGUAACAGUGAAGACAGAUGCAGGAAACUCUUUGUUACCUUGCAGGGUAAAAUCCACAAAGCGAUUUCCGUAGGGAUUGCAUUAGUAUGCUCACCUCUGGUGCUAUUGCCAGUGACAAAACUCACAGUGCUUCAGGGACUGGCUCCCCUCAGUGCCCUUUGGAUGUCUGCUGGCCCUGCUGAAAUGUUAGAUGAAAGAGCUCAUAUAUUUAACCUGGACAUAAUCCCAGCUGGGGUUAGGGAAGUGGGCAGAGGCUGGGGUGAAGGGUCCUCUGUGCUUGGGCAGCUCUCCAGGGCAGUGCAGGAGCCUGCUCUCUUCCAGGUCCCCUUAUUUCUGAGCCUGACCCAGGUGUGCCAGCAGGUCUAAGUUGUUUUCUUAGCUGUGUGGAGCAGGGCACCAGGCUACUGCUUUUAUAAGCAAUAGCAAAUAAACUGAAAACGAACAGGCACAGCCCCGGGGACCACUGCAGAAGCAAAAGACAGACAAAAAUGUGAUAAAAGCCUGAACAAAAGUCCAGUCUCCUUCCAGACCAGAGCAGCUUUCUUUUAUCCAGCCCCUCAGGGCAGUGAGGAUGCUCCGCAUCCCACAUCUGGGCCCAGGGAGAGGUCCUCACCCCAGCCAGGGCUCAGCCCUGCACUCCAGCCAGAUGUGAGGCACAGCUGGCAUGAUCUGCUGCUGGCUCCCUCCAGGGUGACGCACAGUCUCAUCACACAGCCCGGAUGUCAUCCGACCUGCCCAAAGCUUCCUGGGAAGUCAUACGUGUGGCAUCUGCCGUUGUCCAGUCAAUGUAGUGUAUAGCUGCCGUUUUAUUUUGCUCACUGCUGCAGUGGAAGGGCAGGUAUCCAGGAGGAGAUUUAUAAUAAGGCAGCAUUAUGACACUUUCUUUCUAUGGCUGGCACUGCCCUCCCUUCUCGGUGGUUACUUCACUGCCUGAGAGGAAUGGCAGUCCUUGUUUGUUUGUUUUUUCCAAGAGUGCAGCGAGCCACUGAAUGUCUGUGUGCGUGUGUUAAAAUAAAUAAAUUAGAUUUUACUUGACGUUUAACACAAAGUGACAACAACAGAACCUGAAGGUACUUGAUGAAAUAAUUUUUUUAGAUGAAAUAUUUAUAACAAUGCCUAUGAAGUUCCUACAAGAGAGGUUUGCUGCUUUAAUAAUUGAUUGGGAGAGCUGCAAGAAUUUCAGGGAGAAAUAAGGAAGCUUCCAUGAGACUCCCUUCUAUGUGUUGGAUGAAGGGUGGAAGCGAGUUAAAUGAAGUGCCAAGGUACCUGAGGCACAGCAGUCUCUCAGGGCAAGCUGGCUCCAUUUCCCUGACCUUGCAAAGGCUAAUGCUGGCCUUGAGCUUUGGACAGAGAAACAAAUGUAGAUAACACUUGCUGUCUUCUAGCCUGCUGGCUACAACGUCUUCUGUUGGGUUCAGCUAGAGAGACACCAAUCUACUCUAUUCCAGGUUGUCGUGCAACAGGUUGCUCUAAAUUCUACUGUGUAGCUGAGCCCUUCGGACUUCACUUCUAAGUAUGGAUAUUUUCUUUUCCUUUGAAGGUUGGUCUCGAAGGAUGACAAGCACUUUAAAGCAUGUCUACACCUCAUCUGAUCUAUUGUACUGUCUGCUCCCAUAGCCCUCCACCACGUAAGCGAGACACGCAGGCUGAAUGUAGCUGUAGUAUGGUGUAUAGGCACCCUUGCACGCAGGCUGAUCCUUGACAGGGUGCAGGGUGCAGGCUAGAAGAAGUACGUCAGUGACAACCUAAUGAAGGAUAAAAUGUGUACCACAGCUCGCCUGGAGGGACCAGUCCAAAGAAAAAUCACCAGCCCUUGACAGCAGCGAUUCUGCUCAUGAACCUAACACAAUCUUUCAGGUGGAGGGAUCAGGCAGGAAGCUGCUGCAGAGAUUAAAUCAACCCUAAUAACCAGUGUCUUUGCUGUUGGAUUCACAUCCUUCUAUAUUAAAAGAAGAGAGGAAGGGGGAGAGAGAAAAGAGAAGCCUAGUAGGAAGUAUUCUGUAUUCUGCAGUGAGUGUUGAGUAGUCAGUGGGCCAAAGAAGUUGACUCUGCAGGAGGGUAGGAGAGAGCACGGUGAGAUCUACAAAGCUGUGUUAUGCAGCCCAUCAGGCUCUGUCCUGAGACUGUCUUGCUGGUGCCAGUGAAAUUAAUCUGUUUACACCAAUAGUAAAGGGCUGGAGAAACUGUGGCAGGAGAAUCAGGCUUAGUUCAAACAAUUUGGGUUUAACACAGUUUUUGUCCACUGCUGUAACACUUUUAAUGCCAUAGUCUGGGCCACCGUGGUAGCAACACUUGGUGCUUUUGGCAAGACCUUCAAAGCAUCCCACUGUUCACCUUUUCUCUCCUCCCUGUAGAUGAAAGGUGUGGAUAUGGUCCACAACCAGAAUUUCAUCAAUACUUAAACUUCUUCACAAAAGGGUACCAGCAGACUUGGAAGUGUUUGAGGGCUGCUGAGCUGUGAGUUUGAGUUCUGUUAUGUGUUUCUUAGAAGGCUCAACCUGCAACGAUCUGCAUAUGUUUGUGAGGUUUCCAAAACAAAUCUGAGCCCUAGACCAAGGAAGCUGCUGCUUGGCAGAGUCUCUGCUUUGAAAUGCAAGUUGCUGAGCAAGCUCCCCCAUCUCCCACUCCACCAGCUGCCUCACUGUGCUAGUGCAGGCUCCAGGGACUGCCGGCAGUGUUUUGUGAGCUAGAGCUGUCCUCGUCCUGCUUGCUUUGGCACAGCUAUGCCUGGGACAGCAGCUUUGAAGUCACCCACUCUUCAACACUAGUCACAACCCCAUCUGAAUGUGUCUUUUUAACAACUAACAGCAGAAGUGUUACCUGUGUGUAGGCUUUUGAACACACCUGUCUAUCUGUACCUGUUCCCUGCUGUAAAUAUCACCAAGAAAAGCUUCCUUUGGGAAAAGUGGUGUGGUCACACCUAGCAAAGAGUCCAAAUGGCUAAUAUUUUGUAACAAAACUAACAAAAAUAGAUCAGAGGUAUUUUAUCUGUUCAAUUAAUAGAAUUUUAGAAAUUAUAUUGAGAUAUGUCACUUGUG